UCACACACACGAGGAGUUAAUGAGUUUUAUUACUUUUACGUGUAAAAUGUUCAUAUUUCGGAAUAUUUAGCGUUACAAAUCGAACAUAUUUCGCUCUCCACACAAUUCCUUAUAAAGCUUUCAAAUUCUCAACCGUUCCGAGCGUGACCAAACACCACGUCAGUUGACACUCCUCAGGGCUCUUUCCGCCCUGGGCUCACGCAACGCGUGACGCUUUCAAGAAUAAAUACGUACGUGUCCGAGAAUCGAUUUUUCGCUUUUCUCGAGACGUGAGUUUGGAAGGCCUGUCAAAAAACCAAAACAAAUGUGUAAUAUUCAUAAUGAUUUUCAUUUAGCCGUGGCGACGGGCUUGUCAGCUUUAUCUUAUCGUACUUACGCUUUUCUGGGAAGCAUGUCAAAAUGAUUCCAGAGCAGUCGGGCAUAAACAUAAACAGGUAAUCUUUUCUCAAUAGAACUUUGACCCAACAUAUUAUAUUACUUUGAAGGCUUCGAAAAAUCCUCGAAAACGUCUGCUCUUGUUUGACUUCGCUGUACAUUUAUUUCAGCCCAAUGGUCUGAUAAUUGUAUCGUAGAAAGCAUUUGGAAGAAACAACAGUAUAUUACACAACAUUUCAAUGGAUAUAACAUCCGAUUGAUAAACAAAUGAUCCCAAAGAAGGUGAUGUGGGUUUCACGAUGAAUGAAGAUCCAGAAGGUGCACAACUUAUUCAAGACAUUGCGCGGCCGCAAUUUCGCAGAAUACUCAUCAACCUGGUUUUGCCUGGCUUUCCACCACUUUGCGUCCUUUUCCAGCUGUUUAGAUUAGCUUCAUUGGUGAUGUUUUCCAUGUUCCUGUUUGACUGUAUUUUGUACCACGACACAACGAGUGUGGAUUGCACAUACUUCACAGUGUACAAUACUCCACCGUGCGAUCCGUACUGCUGGAAGACUGUAUGGCUGGUCUGCUCAAUUUUAACGUCAACUGUGUUCAUCUGUUUGCUAAACAGAACAAUGUUACCUGAGCUAAGGCCAGUGAGGAACAAAGUAGUAUUGAAGAGUCUCAUCCGAAUGCCCUACUUCUGGUCUCUUAAUACUACCACAGCACUUGCAGUUCUGUACGACGCCUUAAUUAUGAUUCAAAACAAAAAGGCAAAGAUCUCUAUCGAAUGCCUGGAAAUUGUCUCCAAACCGUGGACUUUGUGUUUGUUAUAUCAGUUGAAUUUCACCUUUCCUCCUUGUACACAGAGAGGUUUUCGACGUAUUUCAAGAGCUGCUUACUGCAUCACAUUGUCCAUUUAUGUCUUGGACAAUCUUUCCAGGUUCGCGGCAGAUACAGCUCAAGUCGCCUUUAAGUUUUAUACAAUCAACCGUGAUUUGCCGAAACCGCUGACCAUCAUUAACCUUAUGUUGAUGAUAAUCAAUGCGUCAGUAUACUAUAAUUUUAUGCAGUUCUUUUGGAAGAAGCUUUUCCGUGACGAUAAGGAAAUUUUGAAAGUGUUUAAACAAAAGUUUGUGGACAGUAAGGGGAUAAAAGAGUUUGUACAGAAUGGCAACCCAGAGUGACAGAACAUGGCGUCUCCUG